CCAGAGGACUGCCGCCGCCGCCGAUUGUUGUUCGGUCUCUGUUGCUGUGGCUGCUGUCCUUUUGUCUUUUCCUCUUCAUCUUCAUUGAACUCGAUUCUGCUGUCGCUUUCGCUCCUAUCGCUUCUUGCCUCUGGCCUGUUUGUUUCUCCCAUCGGCUUUCUAAUCCUAAUCAUUUGGUGAUCGUCUCUCGUUUGAUCUCCCGCAUUGACUUUCUCCUCAUCCACGAUCACUCGUUUCGCGCUCUGUUAACCAUCUUGAGCCUCUGAUACAGCCCGCUUCGACUCGCCUACAUCGCAUCGGACUCGUUAUUUUCUAAUCAAGUUCGAUCCUCAAGCAGCUUGGGCUUGACUAUCGUUGUUUCUGCUGCAGGAAAUGUCCGCCGUUCUCGCUUUUUAGGAAUUUGCCCGACAGGCACACUUUCGUUCAAAUCUUGCGCCAUCGAACCGUCUCGAGACAGCGCUCAACUGCCAACACUUGGCGUAUAAACUAACACAUCCCGCACGAUCGUCUGGGUAGAUAUUCUGAACUUCCGGCCAUGGUUGGAGCUUCGCCAGCGGGACAUACUCCGUCCCAUGUGCAGUCGUCACUCCCCUCGCUACCUGCACAUUUACAAUCCGACACUCAUCUCACAGCGCAUCUAGCCAGCCGAUUUCAUGUUGGUCUUCCAACUGCGCGGCUUUCUUCCCAUGCGCUAAUCAGUCUCAACACCUGCACAUCAUCGUCAAAGGGUCCUGAUGGCGGUAAGGAGGGAAGUGCGAUGGGUGAGGCGGAGGACCUCGCCCGUCGUGCCUUUACCCGGCUGGGUGCUCGUGGAGAAAAUCAAGCAGUUGUGUUCCUAGGCGAGAGUGGCUCUGGAAAAACGACCAUUCGCUCACACCUGCUUUCUUCCUUCUUAUCAUUCUCAUCCACUCCGUUGUCGUCCAAGUUGUCAUAUGCCGCCUUUAUUUUCGACACACUCACUACAACAAAGUCAUUAACCACGCCCACCGCCUCCAAGGCCGGCCUCUUCUUGGAGCUGCAGUAUGAUGGAUCUUCGUCUGUUACACCUACGUUGAUCGGUGGUAAGAUUAUCGAUCAUCGACUCGAGCGAAGCCGAAUCGCUUCCGUCCCCACUGGUGAACGAAGCUUCCAUGUCCUCUACUACUUACUUGCGGGCACAAGUGCCGCGGAAAAGGAACAUUUGGGAUUGGAUAGUCCUAUCCACGUUACAACUGCUGGUGGCAGGCUCUCGUCGGCUAACCACAAGAGAUGGAGAUACCUGGGCCACCCAACGCAGCUUAAAGUGGGAAUCAACGAUGCGGAAGGGUUCCAGCAUUUCAAAACGGCACUUCGAAAACUGGAAUUCCCCCGGAGUGAGAUUGCUGAGAUUUGCCAAAUACUGGCUGCGAUCCUUCACAUUGGCCAGCUUGAGUUUGGUACUGGUCAAGCUACGUUGACCGGCGCUGAGGAGUCUGGUGGGUAUUCCCACGAAGGCGGCGAGACAGUUACUAUUGUGAAAAACAAGGAAGUUCUUUCUAUAGUCGCUGCUUUCCUCGGUCUCCCAAUUGGAGAGUUGGAGGCCAGCUUCGGUUACCGAACCAAGACCAUCCACCGGGAGCGUGUUACUGUCAUGCUUGAUCCGAAAGGAGCUCGGCAAAAUGCUGACGAGCUCUCACGCAUUUUGUACUCACUUCUAGUUGCCUAUGUGAUCGAAAACGUCAACCAGAGAAUCUGCGCUGCCGAAGACAGUGUCGCCAACACUGUAUCGAUUGUUGACUUCCCCGGAUUUGCCCAGGCUUGUUCUACAGGCUCAACACUCGAUCAGCUGCUUAACAACGCAGCUAUCGAGUCCCUUUACAACUUCUGCCUUCGCUCGUUUUUCGAUCGCAAAGCCGAUAUGCUCGAACGUGAGGAGGUUGCCGUUCCUGCGACUAGUUAUUUCGACAACACUGAUGCAGUCCGUGGUCUCCUGAAACAAGGAAACGGUCUACUCAGUAUCUUGGAUGAUCAGACGAGGCGCGGGAGAACGGAUGCUCAAUUCCUUGAAGCUGUGCGGAGACGUUUCGAUAACAAGAAUCCUGCCAUCAACGCCGGAAGCUCAGGAUCCGGAUCUGGAUACGGUCUUGUUUCACAGAAUGCACGUACCUCGUUUACCGUCAAGCAUUUUGCUGGCGAGGUUGACUACUCGACUACAGGGCUUCUGGAAGAGAACGGGGAAGUUAUCUCUGGAGAUUUGAUGAACCUGAUGAACUCUGCUCGGAACGAUUUUGUUAGAGAGCUCUUUGGCCAAGAGGCUUUGCAAACAGUGACUCACCCGAAGGAGAAAACGGCAAUCAUGCAAGCUCAAGUGAGCUCAAAGCCUCUGCGAAUGCCUAGCAUGGCCAGACGGAAAACAACCCCCCCUUCGCGCCUCACAUUUGAUGUUCCAGUACCAGAAGAUCCGUACGAGUCAGAAAGUCAAACCGGGAGCUCCGCCAAAAACUCAUCUAAAAAGAAGAGCGGGAUGCUCAUGGGUGGUAUGCAAGGUGCCGCUGGGCAGUUCCUCUCGUCUCUUGACAUUGUGAACAAAUGCCUAAGCUCCAACAACUUGAACCCUUACUUUGUUUUCUGUCUAAAGCCAAACGACCGGCGGAUUGCCAAUCAAUUUGACAGCAAGUGUGUGAGGGCACAAGUGCAAACCCUGGGGAUCGCAGAGAUCAGCCAACGGCUCCGGAAUGCCGACUUCAGCGUCUUCCUACCCUUUGCUGAGUUCCUUGGACUCGCGGAAGUCGGCAAUGUCGUGGUUGGCAGUGAUAAGGAGAAGUCCGAGGUUGUCUUAGACGAGAAGCGCUGGCCCGGGAAUGAGGCUAGGGUUGGCAGUACAGGAGUCUUCCUGAGCGAACGAUGCUGGGCAGACCUCGCCAAGGUUGGAGAGCGUGUCAUUCCUUCCUAUGCCGCGGAAGAUGAUGGUGGCGACGCGAUGCUUCAUCCUCGGACUGCUACCUACGCGGACUCGAAGGUGCGCCUCCUAAACCCCGCGGAUCAUUCACCUGGCGCCUAUAUCUACGGCGAUGAAUCCAAGCAGGGAUCUAACGCGAGUCGCGACUUCGAUGGACGCUCCGAUGCUGGACUCUCUGCGUUCAACUCUGGCGAUAUGUUCCGGAACCUGGAAACAAGGGAGCAAAUGCUUGAGAAAGGGAACGAGAAGCAAAUGGAAGAGGUCGAUGAACUUCCUGUUUCCGGCAGCCGGAAGCGCUGGAUGGCUCUCGUAUGGUUGCUCACUUUCUACAUCCCAACUCCUGCCAUUCGCUACAUCGGUCGAAUGAAACGCAAGGAUGUUCAAGUCGCCUGGCGUGAGAAGUUCGCAAUCAACCUCCUUAUCUGGCUGUGCUGUGGCAUCGCCAUCUUCAUCAUUGUUGGAUUUCCAAUGCUUAUUUGCCCCACGCAACACGUCUUCUCCGCCGCGGAAUUGUCGUCGCACGAUGGUAAAGAUGGCCACAGUGCGUACACAUCCAUUCGCGGUAUGGUCAUGAACCUUGGUGAAUUUAUUCCCGCCCACUUCCCGGGUAUUGUCCCUGACUCUGCGUUGGAGAAAUACGCUGGAAAGGAUUCAACUGCGCUCUUCCCGGUUCAAGUAUCAGCCUUGUGUUUGGGUAAAGAUGGCUCCAUCGACCCGAGGGUUCUACUUGACUACAGGUCUACAAACUUUUCUGGCUCCAUUCCUUCAGCUAGCGCCGGGGACCCUAACUCCGUGUAUCACGACUUCAGGUAUUUUACUGGCGACCUUCGCAAAGACUGGUACGCCGAGCAGAUGAAGUAUCUGAGAUCCAAUUAUUACAAAGGCUGGAUCGGUUAUAGCUCUGAGUACUUGCACACUCUAGCCGACAAGUCACAGAGUAUCGCAAGUAUCAACGGAAAGGUCUAUGACUUGACAGCAUACGUCACUGGAGGUCGAAGGAUCCAAGGGAUCGAGGGUGAAGACAUUCCUGCUGGCAUUGACACCGACUUCAUGGAACCUCUAGUCGUUGACCUCUUCCAGCAGAAGUCAGGCCAAGACAUAACACAAUUGUAUAACCGUCUACCUUUGAGCCCUAAACUGCGCCAAGAUAUGACGCUCUGCCUGGACAAUCUUUUCAUCGUCGGUCAUGUCGAUACGCGAAACUCCACCCAGUGUCAGUUUGCGCGUUACUUCAUCCUUGCAAUCUCGAUCCUUAUCUGCUCGGUCGUUCUCUUCAAGUUCUUCGCGGCCCUGCAAUUUGGAAAGAAGAAUUUGCCAGAGAAUUUGGACAAAUUCAUUAUCUGUCAGGUUCCAGCGUAUACUGAAGACGAGGAAUCUCUGCGCCGUGCGAUAGACUCUAUGGCUCGUAUGCGAUACGACGAUAAACGCAAGCUGCUUGUUAUCAUCUGUGACGGUAUGAUUAUUGGUCAAGGCAACGACCGUCCGACUCCUCGAAUUGUCCUGGACAUUUUGGGAGUUCCUGAAUCUGUCGACCCAGAGCCACUCAGCUUUGAGAGUUUGGGUGAAGGAAUGAAACAGCACAACAUGGCGAAAGUGUAUUCGGGCUUGUACGAGGUCCAGGGCCAUAUCGUUCCUUUCCUCGUUGUCGUCAAGGUUGGAAAGCCCUCCGAAGUCUCGCGGCCCGGUAACCGUGGCAAGCGUGAUUCCCAGAUGGUCCUUAUGCGUUUCCUCAACCGUGUCCACUACAACCUUCCUAUGAGCCCUAUGGAGCUCGAGAUGCAUCACCAGAUCCGGAACAUUAUCGGAGUCAAUCCCACAUUCUACGAGUUUAUCCUCCAGGUCGACGCCGAUACCGUGGUUGCCCAAGAUGCCGCCACACGGAUGGUCUCUUCGUGUCUUAACGAUACGCGCAUCAUUGGUGUCUGUGGUGAAACUUCCCUAACGAACGCCAAAACCUCUGCAGUGACCAUGAUUCAAGUGUAUGAAUACUACAUUUCCCACAACCUUACCAAGGCCUUCGAGAGUCUUUUCGGGUCCGUCACUUGUUUGCCCGGUUGUUUCACCAUGUACCGUAUUCGAUCCGCCGAGACCGGAAAGCCGCUUUUCGUCAGCAAAGAGGUUGUGGAAUCCUACUCUGAGAUCCGUGUCGACACCCUGCAUAUGAAGAACCUGCUGCACCUCGGUGAGGAUCGUUACCUGACAACUUUGCUCCUGAAACAUCAUCCCAAGUUCAAGACCAAGUACAUCUUCCGGGCACAGGCGUGGACGAUCGCUCCAGAAAGCUGGGCUGUGUUCCUCUCCCAGCGUCGUCGUUGGAUUAACUCUACUGUGCACAACUUGGUCGAACUCAUUCCCCUCCAACAACUUUGCGGUUUCUGCUGCUUUAGUAUGAGAUUCGUUGUUUUCAUUGAUCUUAUCAGUACGAUCAUUAUGCCCGUGACCAUCGCCUAUAUCGUGUACCUCAUUGUCUGGCUUGUUCGCGAUACGUCUACUAUUCCGUGGACCUCGUUCCUUCUCCUCGCGGCUAUCUAUGGUCUACAAGGCAUUAUCUUCAUUCUCCGCAGGAAGUGGGAAAUGAUCGGCUGGAUGCUUAUCUACAUCAUUGCCAUGCCUGUGUAUGCCUUGGCUCUCCCUCUCUAUUCAUUCUGGCACAUGGACGACUUCAGUUGGGGCAAUACGCGUAUCAUUACCGGUGAAAAGGGUCAGAAGAUCGUCAUUUCAGACGAAGGCAAAUUCGAUCCAGCCUCUAUCCCUAAGAAGAGGUGGGAAGAGUACCAAGCCGAACUCUGGGAAGCGCAGACCUCGCGAGACGACCGCUCCGAGAUCUCCGGCAUCUCCUACGGCACCAAGUACCACCCGCCUCAGUCCGAGUACGGCUUCGGUGCAACACGCCCAAUGUCGCAGCUCGAACUGCCUCGCUACACUUCUCGCAUGUCUCUCGCGCCUUCUGAGAUGAUGAGCCGCCACAUAGACAUGGAAAUGGAAGAAGUUGGCAACCUACCCAGCGAAGACGCGAUCCUUUCGGAGAUCCGCGAUAUCCUCCGCACUGCAGAUCUCAUGACCGUCACGAAGAAGAGCAUCAAGCUGGAGCUCGAGAGGCGCUUCGGGGUGAAUCUCGAUGCAAAGAGGCCGUAUAUCAACUCUGCCACGGAAGCCAUAUUAUCGGGCAAUCUCUGAUUCACUCCGCUAUCGCUAUAUUAGCUUGGUCCAGCGUUCCAGCUUUUUUCUCCCUCUUCUUAUUCGAGUUAUGACAUUUGUAUAAAAAAGGGGUCUUUCUUCGAAUUACUACCUGUCUAACCACCUACUCCAUCUAAUAUUUGCAUCCUUCUCACAUCAGAUGUCUGAAGAGUCUUUGAGCCGGCGUUUUCUCUAUAUUGGUCUUGACUGUUGAGUACAUUACUUGCGUAUCUUGGUAUCGAGUAUGUCCAUAUAUCAUACAUACAUUAUAUUUUGCCAUUUGUGCCCAUAUUCGUUAGUUGAGGAGACUUUAUUUUUUCCACUUCAUUAUGUAGAUAGAUGAUGACUGGAAUCAUAAUUAUAUGAAUGAUGCCAAGUCCCACAAACAUUAGCCCUAUUUAUCUUAACUUAGGUCUUGAAACACCCUUCUGGUAGACUUUUUCGAGCAUUUCUAACAAUCGUUUCCACAAGUUCAACUGCACUACCUCUAUUAUACAUAAACGAAACUACGCAAACGACAUUUCACCUGCAUAAAUGUGUUCUAUCGCAGGUGCAAUGUUCCAGUUGUCCAGACUCUCAGACGGCGCACAAACCUCCAAGCAGGGUGUCUGUUAACGAAGGCUAGACUGGCUAUUCUAGGAGGGUGAUCCGUUGUGAAAACCUCAUUUUGACGACGAAGUCUGGCCGGAAGAGAAUGAAUUGGCGGCAUUUGAACACCGCGAGAUGAUGGAGUGGGAAAGGGAGGAGUGCGGAAGGAGUAACGAGAGGGACAGAAAAGGCGAAGCAAGAGGUAACGGCAGAGCAUACAUGGAGCCAAUUCUGGUUCUCUCUGGCGAGAGAUUCCAAUACGCAACUGAUAUUCCAGGCUAUGUGCAUCAAAAGUAAAUAUGGGUAUAAGUGUGUACAGAUAUGCUUAUAAACAGUAGAUAGAUUCCUGACCGAGACGAUUCACCUCUUCAAACGGUGGACUAGAGUCAUAUGCCCCAAACAGAUUGACAAAUCAAGGCAACGAAGCUAUAGUUAGUUCGACAGGUGGAUCCGUGAUUGCAGUCUUGCGCGCGUCCUGCUCCAUGCCGAGUAUCUGCCAAGCACGGCCCAUCGUGCCAUGGCCCAGUCCCUGGGGAAAGCCGAAUAUAGAAGGCUUAGAGGCGUGACCCUGCUGACGGGCGAUUCUUUCCUUUUUGGCGGCGACCAUCCUAUCCUGCUCGCGUUCAUGGCCGACAACUUCAGCCUUCCAUUCGGUCCAGCGUUCGAAAUCCUCGCGUUGUUGGAGGACCUGGUAUCGCAGUUUCUCCUUUGCAGGGCGCCAGCCGGUGCGGUUAUGCGUGGAUUUGAGGUCGCAAGGACUGGACUCUUGGGUCAGCUUGAGGAGUAGGGGUCGAGGAUGGUGGCUCGGCGGCUCUCCUCGCGAAGGAAACGCACGGCGGCCUGGAGACUCUGUACUUCUGAUCGUAGUGCUUCGUUUUCCUUCAUUGCGGCCAGAGAGACAGCAUUGUCGACGACAACGCCGGUAGCCGCAGAGACACCUCCACCGGCUCCGGACAUGCGCUUGAGCCGCUCAAGCUGUCCUUUGAUUUCGUCCCUCUCGGCCUCAAUAGCUUGCAGAUCCUUGCGCUGAGUUUCCACAGUGGCUUUGAGGUUUGUCUCUUGCGCCGUCAUCUCCUCGAUUUUGGCUUCCAGGUCCUUCACAGCGGCUGCUUUCUUACUUGCUUCGCGCAUGCGCGACUCCACUAGCUCGACUUUGAUGGUUUGCUCCUCGAUCGUCUUGUCUUUAACCCCAAGUGCAGUAGACGCUUCAUGGAUCUCGUUUUUCAGUCGGCGAAUCUCAUCCUCGGCAUCUGGAGAGUUAACUUUGUUGGACUUGAGCUCUGCAGCUCGCACAAUCCACGGGAAGGGCCGUUUCUCGAAUUCGGACGUAAUGGACAGGUCGGACGAAAUAGAGCCGAGCUCUUCUAGAGUGCCGCUGAGGCCGUGCAACAUGGUGAAAAUGAAUGACAUAGUGUCAGUGUUUUCGCUCCCCGCCUCUGAAGACUGGUAAAGAUUAGAAAUCUGUGACAUGUUCGUCAAGAUCUCAGGCAAAGUAAUCGGCUCCGCACGGCUUUCGUCGCUGAGCAGUACAACAAUGUUCUCUCCCAACUGGCGAGAUAGACUCGAAAGAUCCUUCGCGGAGUCCUCCGCUUGCUUAAAUGGGCCACAAGCGUCGUGCGAAAGAGCAAGAGACCGCGCUUGCAAGUCACUCACGGCGCGGCGAAUCUUUCCCAUUGCAACCUUUAGACUGCGAGCCUGGGAGACGAAAUCGUCCAUCUUACCGAAGAGGAAAGCAGCCUCCUCAUCGGGGUCCUCAGACUUGGGUAAUUUGGACCUCAGCAAUAGAGUCAGCCGCGACAUUGAGGACACUGCAUUUUCGAUGUAAGAGUAUGUCAGCUUUGAGCGCAUGCAAAGUUCGUCGGCGAAUGUCUCCAAAGAUGUCGGAAGGAGGGUUUCCGCAAGAUGGGAGAGCAAAGCAAUGGAUCGUUGCAGCUCCACAGCGCACUUUUUCAUAUUCAGCUCGUUCUUUUUCAGUCCCUCGAGCCAGAAGUUCAGCGUGCGUUCCACAGGUUCCAGUUCGAAGAGCGAGCCUUGGAUGCUGCCGAAGCUUUCUGCAGAACAGCUGGAGAUAUAGUUCUCAAAUCGACUGCAAAUAGAAGCUAUCCAGAGAAGUUUCUCAAGGAUAUCCUGGGCUGUAAACACAUCCUCCGCGGCAAGGGUUGACGAUUGCUCAGUGACCAUCCCAUCGACUGUCAUGCUCAUUAAAGACGCCUUAGAACUGACCCGUUUGAAGCGUAAAAGUGCGAGAACAGAGUUUCGCUCAGUCUCAUAAUACUCGGGCAGAUACAGCUUCACAAUGGAGAGAUGCUGCGUAUCUUCAUCGGCCUCGAUGCGCUUGAGCUCAUUGUCAAUCGUCUUUGUCUGUGCUUUCGCGACUGAUGAUUGCAGCUUGAGAUUCAAGUCCAUCAUUGCUCUGGACCGCGCAGUGAGAUCGGUAGCCUCAGCCUCCGUUAUCUGUUGCGAGGCCCGCAUAUCCUCCAGGUCUGCUUGCAGCGUUGAAACGAGCUCGCGGAAGCGUGUCAGCGUAUAUUCCAGAUCCUCAAUGACUUCAUCCUGCUGCUGGACUCGGCGACUUUGUUCAGUAAAGAGGGCUUUUCGGUGGUCGAUCUCCUCCUGUAGCUGCUUUUCCGUCUCGACAUGGUUCCAUUCUAGCUCGUCGUUGAUCUCCUUCAAAUCCUCUAGAUCUGCGAUUGCCGCGGUGAGGUUAUUGAUCUCCUCCUGAUACCGCAUAUUCUUGUCGGCCAGCUCUUCAAUCAUCUCUUCGGCACCAAGAGCCGUCUCGAGCUGUUGCUUCAGGUCUUCCACAUUAUUUUCGGAAACCAAUAGCUUUUCCUUGGUAGCCUCAUACUGAGACUUAAUAGCAGAGUAGUCUUCCAGAUCCUGCUGGAGCUCCUGGAUUUGGUCCUUCAACUCUGAUUCCUGCUGUUGAGUCAUGUCACGAAGACGGAGGAGGGCUUCUCGGAGUCUUUCAUUUGUCUUUUCCAUCUGCAACCAUCCAUGGCUAGACUUUUCCUCUGGGCUCAUGACUUGGCCAAGCUCCUCAUUUUCCUCUCGCAGCACCUCAACUUCUAGCUGCAGCUCCUCAACUUUGAGUCUGAGGGCUUCGGAUUCAUGCCUGAGCGCAUCGGCAGUCUCUUCCGCCAUUUCGCGGUCAAGAGUCGCAAUCUCCAUCAACGUCUCGUGCUCGGCUUGGAGCUUUUCGAUCUCUUCAACUCUGGCUUCAGCUUCUUUUAGCUUUUUGCGCAACUCUGUGAUCUCAAGCUGUUGUGGUUGAUAUUUUGCUUGUAGCUUCUGGAUAAUCCCUUCGUAUUUAUCGCGCUCCGACUGCAGCUGCUCCAGCGUUCUUAACUUCUCCCGGUCAUCAGCUCGUUUCUUCUCCAUUACUCUCAGCUUGGUCUUCAACUCGUCGAGCUCCCUGAUCACCGCACUAUUCGAGACAGACCGUUGCGGCGCAACCGGAGCGGGUGAUGGACGGGUGGACGCCGUUCGCCCGGGGGCUGGAGCGGGUUUGGCAGCUUUGGGCGCGAAAUCCGCGGUCUCGGGGUUAUCACUAGAUCCAUCUUGAGAGUUUGGCUCGGAAUCGUCCGCUGGCGGGCUUGUGAGCUCUUCUGAUGUCCGAUUGUUAGAAGCCGUCGGUCGCAAAGCUGGCCGCUUCGACAUUCCCGGUGUAGACCCUGUUGGCCCUUGGAAACUCUGUCUAUUUCCCUUGAUCCCCGACCCAGAUAUAGAUGUUCGAGCGGCUCGUGGGGCAGCAGAGGGAGGCGGAGGAGGACCCAUAGGGCCCUUUGUACUUGUCGGCCGAGCCUUGGUUGCGGCAGCGGAGGGUCGCGGGGUGGUGGUGCCGGACGACCGACCAGAAGCGGGCGUUGAUGAGGUGCUGAGCUGCUUUGUAGGCGAUCUUGACGGGGAC